GCCAAGAAACGAUGGAACGUCAUCACCGUCAUCGUCCCGACCCGGAAUCCAGACACGUAGAUCAGAUAGACGAAACCCAGAAGCAGAGAGACAGUUUCUAGUUCGCGUUUCGAGUUUCGGUCGGGUUCGUGGGGUUGAAAGAAAUGGAGGGUCUGUCUCUGGUCCGACCCUUGUGCUGCUCAAACGUGUCAUCCGUUUUUCCUCCGCGAGCACGACCCUUUCUUCCUCCCUUUCGUCUGCUUCGCCAACUUCGCGUGCCUUCUUCUUCUCGCUUCCGUUCGGUCGGGUCGGUCGUGUGCUCGGCCUCUAACGACCAGCUCAGCCAGAGCGUUGAAGCGGAUUCAAGUGAAUGGGCAAUGCAAGAUUUCUAUUCCUUGAGAAGAGAGGUGGAAGCCGCAUCGGCCCGGGUUGUGGAUAUACGGGCGUCCGCCGGUCUCCAGCAGUUGGAGAAAGAAUUGGCAGAUUUGGAGCUUAAAGCAUCUGAUGCCUCCUUUUGGGACGACCGUGCUAAAGCCCAGCAAACCCUCUUGGCAUUGACUGAUGUCAAAGACAAGAUCAGACUACUCUCUGACUUCAAAACACAGGUUGAAGAGGCAGAAACUGUAGUCAUGUUGACCGAAGAAAUGGACUCUAAAGAUACGGGACUUCUUGAAGAGGCUGCUGGUAUUAUCAAAGAACUGAACAAGGCAUUGGAUCGCUUUGAGUUAACUGAACUCCUCUCUGGUCCCUACGACAAAGAAGGUGCAGUUGUUAGUAUAACAGCUGGUGCAGGUGGUACUGAUGCACAGGAUUGGGCCGACAUGCUUCUCAGGAUGUAUGCGAGAUGGGGAGAGAAACAGAGAUAUAAAACAAGAGUUGUUGAGAAAUCCAUGGGAGAGGAAGCUGGGAUCAAGUCAGCAACUCUUGAAGUGGAAGGGCGCUAUGCAUAUGGAUAUUUAUCCGGUGAGAAGGGGACUCACAGGAUCGUCCGACAGUCUCCAUUCAAUGCAAAAGGUCUUCGUCAGACUAGCUUUUCUGGCGUUGAAGUCAUGCCUCUUCUUCCUGAAGAAUCUCUAAAUGUUGAAAUUCCUGAGGAAGAUUUGGAAAUUACUUUUUCAAGAGCAGGAGGGAAAGGUGGCCAGAAUGUGAACAAGGUAGAAACGGCGGUGCGGAUCACUCACAUUCCCACUGGGGUCACUCUUCGCUGCACAGAGGAGAGAUCCCAGCUAGCAAACAAGAUCAAAGCGCUCAGCCGACUGAAAGCAAAGCUACUUGUCAUAGCAGAAGAACAGAGAGCAUCUGAAAUCAAGCAGAUACGGGGAGAUGUUGUCAAGGCCGAGUGGGGCCAGCAGAUUCGAAACUAUGUAUUCCAUCCAUACAAACUCGUGAAGGAUGUGAGGACUGGAUACGAGACAUCGGAUAUCUCAUCUGUAAUGGACGGUGAGUUAGAUCCGUUCAUUAAAACAUACCUCAAAUACAAGUACAGUAUGUCACAGUCAGCUAUUGAAGCUGUUCAGUAGGCUGUUUUCACUAUGCCGCUCGAGUUGGCCAGUAGGGCGUAUACCAUUAUAUUUGUUGAAAAUGUAACGUAGCGAAUGAAGUUGGUCCAUAGGGUAUUCUUGAUAUGCGCUCCAUUUUUUCAAGAGGAGGGAUUUGUGUCAUGGAACUUUCCCCGCUAAGAAUGUAUAUAAUUUACAUCGGUCGAUACCUUCAUAGGAUC